CUUAAGAAGACGCGGAAGAACCGGGAGCUCCGUGCAGCUCGUUUCACUGCAGCUCGUUUCAGUAGCUUUUCUGAUGCAGCUAUGGCCGAGCAGCCAGCCGCUGUGGGAAGUAACGUUGGGAAACCCACGCUGCGUAACAGGGUUGAAGAGGGAGCUGUUGCAGAUCAUGAUACAGAGGACACAAACGCACAAAAGCAGAGACAUGGACUCAAAGGGAUUCUCACAACAGACCUGGAGUCCAAGAUGGAGUCGGUGACCACGCACAAUGCAGCUUAUGUAGCUCCAAAGAGUCCAGGGGUGAGGAUACGGGGCACCAGAGGCGAGCUGUUGGAAAAACACAUUGCCCAGAUGAUAAGUGAGAAGAUUCGAGCUGACCUGAACUCACCGACUCCCAAAACGGACUAUUGCUCCACAACCAGGAAGGAUUUCUGUGUGGAGGGGUUUGUGCCCCUUAAACCUGAAACAACACAAGUUCAUGACUAUAAAACCCACCAAGCCAUCACAUUUUGGAGUGAGAAUUACCAGCAGAUACAGGGUGUGACUGCCGCCCAGAGCUCGAGGGCACCCUUCAGGAAGUCAGCUCUGUUCAGCACGCCCAUCAGCGAGCGGCUGGAUGAAACCGAUCUCCCGCCUGACAGCUGAGAGAUGACGCCGGCAUGUUGCUACGUCAUGUCGUUAACGGUUGUUAUUAAAGUGGUAAUCCACUUUAAAGGUUACAUUUAGUUCUUAUGAUAGUGGCACCUCACGGGCUUGCUUUAUUUAUUUUUUAAGGAGAUAAGCGCAACCUCAGAAAACCGUGGUUAUUAAUGGCACCCGUGUCUGUUAAGUGAACUGGCAUUGUCAAAACACCAAUUAUGUCUGGAAAACCAGCAUAUAUUCUAAAUACCUGACUGUCAGUGUAAUGACAAUAAAGA